UAACGUUACUAAAAAGAGGAAGCAGAAGAUCUUUUUCAACUGAGAGGAAACUCCAAACUCUGUAAUAAAUACAAUAUUAUUCACCAGAAGACAAAACCCACAGAAGGAGAAGAGAUUUGGGAUUACUUCACCUCGUUUGCCGUCAGUCACAGAUAAAAUGUCGUCUGGAAUCCAAGAAGAGCUGUCCUGCCCCGUUUGUCGAGACAUAUUCAGAGACCCUGUUGUUCUGUCGUGCAGCCACAGCUUUUGUAGAAACUGCCUGAAAAGAUGGUGGAGAAAGAAAGAAAUACGCCAGUGUCCUGUUUGUAAGAGUGCAUCUAGAAAGAAAAACCCACCCUGUAACUUGGUGUUAAAGAACCUGUGUGAGAACUUCUUACUGGAGACAAAUCAGAGUGCUUCAGCAGAGUCCGAGUCGCUCUGCGGUCUGCACUCGGAGAAACUCAAACUCUUCUGUCUGGACCAUCAGGAGCCAGCGUGUCUCAUCUGCAGAGACUCAAAAACUCACAGCAACCACAGAUUCAGACCCAUCGAUGAGGCUGCGCAGGAUCACAGAAAGGAGCUCCAGAUCUCACUGAAACCCUUACAGGACAAAUUGAAGGCCUUUGAACGAGUUAAAGGAAACUUUGUUCAAACAGCAGAACACAUUAAGGUUCAGGCCUUUCACGCAAAGAGGCAGAUUAAGGAGCAGUUUAAGAAGCUUCACCAGUUUCUAGAUGAGGAAGAGGAGGCCAGGAUCACUGCUCUGAGAGAGGAAGAGGAGGGGAAGAGUGCAAGUAUGAGUGACAUGAUUGUAGCUCUGAGCAGAGAGAUAGCAAGUCUCUCAGAAACAAUCAGAGCCGCAGAGGAGGAGCUGAGAGCACGAGACAUCACUUUCCUGCAGAACUACAAGGCUGCAGUGAGCAGAGUCCAGCGGUGCCCCCAGCUUGAUGAUCCACAGCUGGUGUCAGGAGCUCUGAUAGAUGUGGCCAAACACCUGGGCAACCUGACCUACAACAUCUGGAACAAGAUGAAGAAAAUGGUCUCCUACUCUCCUGUGAUCCUGGAUCCAAACACAGCUGAAUCACAUCUCUGCAUAUCUGAAGAUCUGACCAGUGUGAGCCUUGGAGAGAGGCAGCAGCUUCCUGACAAUCCAGAGAGGUUUGACGGCUAUCCGAUCGUCCUGGGCUCCCAGUGUUUCGACUCAGGGACUCACAGCUGGGAUGUUGAAGUUGGAGACAGUCCAAACUGGCUAGUUGGUGUGGCUGAAGAAUCAACUAAAAGAAAGGGACAAACAGACUUUAAGUGUGGAUUAUGGGCUGUGUGGUUCAGUAAGGGUAGUUAUUUCAUACGUUCCCCACUAGAUUCGUCCUCCUUUCAUCCAAAGAAAAAGCUCCAGAGGAUCCGAGUUUGCCUGGACUGGAAAAGCGGGAAGCUGUCAUUCUCCGAUCCUGACAUCAACAUUCACACCUUCAUACACACUUUCACCCAGAAACUUUUUCCAUUUGUUUACACCAAGAACGAACUGCCAUUGAAGAUAUUACCACGAGUGUCUCAUGACAGUGCAGACUCUGAUAGUGAAGGAGAUCACGAUGAAGGUGGUGAAACUGUUAAUGGCAUUCUUGAUGAGGACGAUGAUGUUAUUCAUGAUGUUGAUCAUGAUGAUGAUGAUGAUGAUGACUGACGCUUAUAGCCACAUACCAAUGUUUUCCCUUCAAGUGUAAAAAAACCAAACUAAAACCUAUAAAAUACUAGGUUGGUUGCAAACUGCAUUUAGAAAUUGUGCAAAGCAAUUCUUUCCUGCUAAUUAAAGCUAAUAAAAAACAAACUAAAAAGAAAUACUAGAACUACACCCAACAAAAUUGGACCAUACAAUCCAUAAAACAAAUGAUAUUUUGUUCUGCACUGAAAAUGAUCUGAUAGCUAAUUCUAUUAAAAUGCUAAAAAGGCACUAAGAGCACAAACAGAGUAGUUAGGUCCAGUUCAAUUAGUCAAGCACAGAGGGAUUGGCUACAGCUGUCAAUGAAAGUGGCCACAGCAAUAAAGAAAGGUAAGUACAACAGAAGAAAAAUGAACACAGGGUUACACAGCCCUACUUUAUGGUGGAUACACAAACUUGUAUAACACCUCAGUGUCAUACAGAGACUGUGAUAGAAAGAUCACUUAGACACUAUAAGCACAAAGAAAAGGCUGUAAUAUGAGGUUGUGACUGUCUAUGAUCAAAAACACUGACUGCAACAGAUGAAGUAGACUAUUUUUUAUCAAACUAACAAUAUUUGCAGCUGUUUGUUAUCAUCUAAACAGUAACAGUAAAUAUAUUUCAUUUUGAAUCCUU